CUGCCGCAUAGACUUCUGGGUAACUCGGGGUGCAGUUUCCUGAGAAAGUGGUUUGAUAGCUGUAGGGGAUCUGUAAUUGUAGUAGUUGGGUGUUGAAAAGUUACCUGGGUCCGGCAUUCUCACACAUAUCGCACCAGCUUAAACUGCGCGCAGUCUGAUGAAUUGCUGUCGUCGGGUGUUCUUGCAGAGAGAGAACGGUGCGCAGGGGACGCGGUUCGGGCGGGAAUAGCGGAGAGUGAAGCUGCGAUGAGCCUGAACGAGCAUUCGCUUCAGGCUCUCUCCUGGAGGAAGCUGUACUUAAGCCGAGCGAAGCUAAAGGCUUCCAGUCGGACGUCAGCUCUUCUCUCGGGUUUCGCAAUGGUGGCCAUGGUGGAGGUCCAGCUGGAGCGUAACCACGACUACCCCCCGGGGCUGCUGAUAGCCUUCAGCGCCUGCACCACGGUGCUGGUGGCCGUGCACCUCUUCGCCCUGAUGGUGAGCACCUGCAUCCUGCCCAACAUCGAGGCCGUCAGCAACGUGCACAACCUCAACUCGGUGCGCGAGUCCCCCCACGAGCGCAUGCACCACCACAUCGAGCUGGCCUGGGCCUUCUCCACCGUCAUCGGCACACUGCUUUUUCUGGCCGAGGUGGUGCUGCUCUGCUGGGUCAAGUUCCUGCCCAUCAAGCCGCAGUCGGGGCAGAAGAACGGCACCAUCUCGGAGGGCGUGGCUGCCGCCAUCACCUCCACCUCCAUCAUGGUGCCCUUCGGCCUGGUCUUCAUCGUCUUCGCCGUCCACUUCUACCGCUCGCUCGUCAGCCACAAGACCGACCGGCAGUUCCAGGAGCUGGAGGAGCUGUCGAACCUGACCAGGCUGCAGAACGAGCUGGACCAACGAGGAGAGGCCGCCAACCUGUCCCCCGCCGCCCAAUACCCCUGACGAAGCCCCGCCCUCUCUCCCUCUGCCCGAUUCCCCUGACGAAGCCCCGCCCUCUCUCCCUCUGCCCGAUUCCCCUAACGAAGCCCCGCCCUCUCUCCCUCCGCCCAUUUCCCUAAUAAGGCACAUGCUUCUUCUUGCCUGAAAUGGACAUUCUGUCUGUAGUCACAGUUAUUAAGACUUGACUACUCAGUGUGUUGAUCUGCCGUGCAUGUGCAGACUGUAAGGAUGUUAAAAUUGAAAAAAGUUAAAAUUUCUAAAAUAUUUUUUCUGCUGCUUACAAGAGAGAUUUUAAAUACACAAAGUAUGUGUAUUUUUUUAAAGAUAUAACAGGUUUGUCAGUGGAAGUGCCAUACAUUUUUACAAUUCAUUGAAUGAAGAAUUUUCAAUCAUGAACUUUAGCCAUAAAGAAGAAUUUAUGUGCCAAGUUUUUACAAAAAAGAGAAAAAAAAAUCUAAAAUUUCAAAUUUCUUUCUCUGUCAUUCAACUGCUGUUAAAAGAUCUUGGUCUUUUGGAUGUUGACUUUUUGGUUUCAGGCACGCACUCAAAUGUCUAACUCCAGUUCCCAGAGGGCCGCGGUGUCUGCUGGCUUUUUGGUAUGACCCUGGCACCAGUGAUUAAUUAGAAGUCAUUGAUUGGCUAGAAUAUCCACAUGCCUUAAUCGCCUUAAUUGGCAGCUGACUGAAAGGAAACUACAAAAGCCCACUGACACUGCGGCCCCCUGGGAAUUUCAUUUCAGACUCCUGGGUUAACACACUAAGCCACUUCCAUUUUGUGGAGGACCGGUGUGUGUGCAGGAAUUUGUUUCCACGAGUUACCUCCGGCUCAAUUAGCUUAUCAGCCGUAGUCACCAACACCAGAUCUCUCUUAGAUUUGUCCACAGUAAAACAUUUUGUGUCUGUACACAAAAUGUUAUCAGCUGUGGAUUAACCACUUUGAUCAGUUAUGUCCCAGAAAGGUACUUUGAAACUGUGCCUUAAUGAUGUGUGUGCCAAAUUACGUGGCGUUACAUGAGCUAGUGAUGGGAGAGUGAUUUAGAGGCAGAGGUAUGAGACUCCUAAAUCACUGAUUUGAAGUAAUUGUGGAUUCGUAGAGCAAAACGUUUUGAUUGGUACCUUAAGUUUGUUGCCAAGGAUUGACCACUCAUUGUAGCUCCACACAACAUGGUGUUAGUCACUCUGUUGUCAAUAAUCUCAGCAAGUCUCCCUUCAAAGAUGGCUGCACGAUGGUGUCUGUACACAGCUGAUUGGAUAGUUAGUUGAGCAUAAUCAGGCCCCUGACUGGUUAGAAUCUUCAUAGGAUGGAUUUGUUUUUACGCCUUUCAUUUUGAUACCUUCCAGAAUGUGUGUCCCGGUGAUUGAAUGUAAUCAGCUUGUUUGGUAAAUUUUUGAUUUUGUUUUGCCAAAUGUACAUGUAUGAACUGUUUUAAAUGUAUUUAAUGUCGAGUGGUGUAUAGUUGUACUGUAUCUUUUGUACAGUUUUUUAGUGUUUGUUUGAGUUUGUGUCUGCACUUAUUUUUUCCCCCUUUUUUUGAAGAUUUUGCCUGCUAGUUUGCACCUGGAAAAUGAACAGCACUUCUAUCAGUCUAGUCUAUUUAAAUAUUUUAAAUUUUGAAAAAAUAUAAACAUGCUUUGAAUCCAUUCAGGACAGUGAAUGGUAAUU